AGCGGAAGUUCAAAGCUGCUGUGUAAUGGUUCAGUCGGCUCGCUGAAGGAGGUCGUUGUUUUUUUGUCAGAAACAGUUUAAUCUAAGUUUAAAUAUGCCCGAUUAUUUAGGAGACGACCAGAGGAAGACCAAAGAAGAGGAAAAGGAUGACUUACCCAUCAGAGCUCUGGAUGAAGGAGACAUCGCUCUGCUCAAAACAUAUGGUCAAAGCACUUACUCCAGACAGAUCAAACAAGUAGAAGAUGAUAUUCAGCAGCUGCUCAAAAAGAUCAACGAGCUGACAGGCAUUAAGGAGUCAGACACAGGCCUGGCUCCACCAGCUCUGUGGGAUCUGGCUGCUGACAAACAGACUCUGCAGAGUGAACAGCCGCUGCAGGUAGCAAGAUGCACAAAAAUAAUAAACGCAGACUCCGAGGACCCCAAAUACAUCAUCAAUGUCAAACAGUUUGCCAAGUUCGUGGUGGACCUGAGCGACCAGGUGGCCCCGACUGACAUCGAGGAGGGCAUGAGAGUCGGUGUUGACAGGAACAAGUAUCAGAUCCAUAUUCCCCUGCCUCCUAAGAUCGACCCCACUGUCACCAUGAUGCAGGUGGAGGAGAAGCCUGAUGUGACCUACAGCGAUGUUGGUGGAUGUAAGGAGCAGAUUGAGAAGCUGAGAGAAGUUGUGGAGACCCCCCUUCUCCAUCCUGAGAGGUUUGUCAAUCUGGGUAUCGAGCCUCCUAAAGGUGUUCUGCUGUUCGGACCACCGGGCACAGGAAAGACCCUGUGUGCCCGCGCCGUGGCCAACAGGACGGAUGCCUGCUUCAUCAGAGUCAUCGGCUCUGAGCUGGUGCAGAAGUAUGUGGGAGAGGGAGCCAGGAUGGUGCGUGAACUGUUCGAGAUGGCCAGGACCAAGAAGGCUUGUCUGAUCUUCUUUGAUGAAAUUGACGCCAUUGGAGGUGCUCGUUUUGACGACGGUGCUGGUGGAGACAAUGAAGUCCAGAGGACCAUGCUGGAGCUCAUCAACCAGCUGGACGGCUUCGACCCCCGAGGAAACAUCAAAGUUCUCAUGGCCACCAACAGACCGGACACACUGGACCCGGCUCUGAUGAGACCCGGACGUCUGGACAGAAAGAUCGAGUUCAGCCUGCCAGACCUGGAGGGUCGCACUCACAUCUUUAAAAUCCACGCUCGCUCUAUGAGUGUGGAGAGAGACAUUCGCUUUGAGCUGCUGGCUCGACUCUGCCCCAACAGCACCGGCGCUGAGAUCCGCAGCGUGUGCACAGAGGCCGGCAUGUUCGCCAUCAGAGCCCGCAGGAAGAUCGCCACAGAGAAAGACUUCCUGGAAGCCGUCAACAAGGUCAUCAAGUCCUACGCCAAGUUCAGCGCCACCCCGAGAUACAUGACCUACAACUAAAGAGUGUGAGAGAGAAAAUCCUGUUUGGCUUUUCUUUUGCAGUCAAACUAAUUAAAAAAAAAACAUUGUCUGUUGUCAUUCUUGUUCACAUAAAAAUAAAGUUUAUUCCAGA